ACAUUUCUUGCGUGCGUAGCUUUUACCUUAGUUCAGGCGGAUUCGACUAAAAUUCCACUACAAACAUGUCGCAGAUCUAUAAGCGCAGUUUGCUGUUGAGCAAUCGUGUGGCACCCUCGGCUGCCGCCGCCUUGCGUUGCAAAUCAUCAUGGUUCUCGGAAGUAAAAAUGGGUCCUCCCGAUGCCAUUUUGGGCGUUACAGAGGCAUUUAAGCGGGACCAAAAUCCGAAAAAGAUGAAUGUGGGCGUUGGUGCCUAUCGCGAUGAUAACACCAAGCCCUUCGUCCUGCCCAGUGUGCGGGAGGCAGAAAAGCGGGUUUUGGGUCGCGGCUUGGACAAGGAGUAUGCCCCAAUCAUUGGCUUUCCCGAGUUCUACAACAAAGCCAUUGAACUGGCUUUGGGCAAGGACUCCAAACGCCUGCAGGCUAAGCACAAUGUCACCACCCAGACGAUCAGUGGAACUGGAGCUCUCCGCGUGGGUGCCGCCUUCUUGAGCCGUUUCUGGACAGGCUGUCGCGAUGUGUACAUGCCCAAUCCCACUUGGGGCAAUCAUGUGCCAAUCUUCGAGCACAGCGGUCUGUCCGUUAAGCGUUAUCGCUACUACAAUCCCGCCAGCUGCGAUCUGGACUUCAGUGGCAUGAUUGAGGAUCUGAAGAAAGCGCCCGAGGGAGCUAUUGUUCUGCUGCAUGCCUGCGCACACAAUCCCACUGGCGUGGAUCCCACUGUGGAGCAGUGGCGUGAGAUCUCCAAGGUCGUGAAGGACCGCAAACUGUAUCCCUUCAUUGACUUUGCCUAUCAGGGAUUCGCCUCGGGCGAUGUGGACCGUGAUGCCCAGGCGGUGCGCAUUUUUGAGGCCGAUGGCCAUGACUUCUGCCUGGCCCAGAGCUUUGCCAAGAACAUGGGUCUGUACGGAGAGCGUGCUGGUGCCUUCACCGUUGUCUGCACCGAUGAAGAGGAGGCCGCACGUGUAAUGUCCCAGGUGAAGAUCAUCAUUCGUGGUUUGUACUCGAGCCCGCCCAUACACGGAGCCCGCAUUGCUGCCGAGAUCCUGAACAGCGAUGACCUGCGAAAACAGUGGCUGGUGGAUGUCAAGCAGAUGGCCGAUCGCAUCAUCGAUGCCCGCUGUACGCUGAGGGAAAACCUCAAGAAGCUGGGCUCCAGCCGCAGCUGGGAACACAUUGUCAACCAGAUUGGCAUGUUCUGCUUCACGGGCCUGAAACCCGAACAGGUCACGAAACUAGCCAAGGAGUACAGCAUCUACAUGACCCAGGAUGGUCGCAUUUCCAUGGCCGGAGUGUCUAGCAAGAAUGUGGAUUAUCUGGCCGAGAGCAUACACAAGGUCACCAAAUAGAAGAUGGUAUCAGUGAAAGUGGAGGGUGGAAUUUUAGUAGCUACUAUCGGC